GUUAAGUUGCCCAUUUCUGUUUUUUUAAGAAUAGUUUAUUGUUUGCAAAUUCCAUCCCAUAUCUUUAUGUGAUAUUAAUAAAGUUGUUCCUUCGUUAUUCCAAUUUAAAUAUAUUUGAAUCAGAAUUAUUAUGUUGCCUUUGUUUUUGUUUCACUCUAAUUGUCUAAUUCAAGAUGAUAAAGAACACAGAUACAGAGAUGCUCAAAUUACAAAAAGAAGAAAUAAAAGAUAAAGAUACAGAAGAAGAAUCGGAAGUUUUUAAGAAACGCUAUUUUGGUUUUGUAAAAAUGAAACAUCAUGUUAGAAGAUUGAGCAAUGGGAAAUUUGUAUUUGAUUGAAUUAUAUAAGAGGAUAUAUCGAUUGAUUACAACAAUAAAUAUGAAGGAAAACACUACAUAUAAUUUUUUAAAUGAGGUAAUCUUGCAGUUAAUGAUAUAAAGAUUUAGAAAGAAGAUCUAUUAGAACUAUUAUGAAGAACUAUUAGAAAAAAGAUUUAGAAAAGUUGAGAACAAACAAGAAAACUCUUGAAGAAUAAGAUUAAAAAAAAAUGGAUCAUAAAUGGUAUAAUCUCCAUUAGUCUAAGAAGGCUCUUAAUGGAAAUAAUUUAAAAAGAUCAGCAUAUAUUUAAAGAGGAACAUAAUGAAGAAAGGAGAUGUAUUUCUUCCUAUUUAAAUAUGAUUCUGGCACCAGCAUGCACAGCAAGUUGAAGAAGAAGCUAAUAAAUAUCUGUACACAUAUUAAAGUAGUCUAUUAAUGGCUACAAAAAAGAUAAAAUAUGAUUUGAUAUUGUUCUUCUAUUAUACAUAAGGAGACAAAAAAUAUGUGAGCUCUUUAAUUAUCUCAGGUGAAGAAAAUAAAGAUUACAAACUGUAAAAACAUUGAAGUAUCAUUAAAAUGAGAUAAUAUACAGUUGAUGAGGCUUCUACUUAACGUCUACGUAAAAUAUAAACUUUGGAGUUACGCGUGCCGUAUACGCGCCAAUUGAAGCUUUGAAACAAGCGCAAGUAGAUAAGUCGCGCAUCCCCACCAUACACAAGAAAUGACUACACAUAAAGAAGAGAAAGAAGAAGACAACGUCGAAGAUCGCUCGAAGAGAGAAGAACAAAGUUUAGAGUGAAGGAAAAAAAUCGUUUCAGCCGUGGAUCACAUAAACGAGGGAAGCCAAACGACGGUGCCCAAACACCGAAAUGCUCGUCGCAAAAAAGCGAAAAGCGUGACCAGUGAUUCGAAGGCGAAGAUCAUGGCAAAUCCUUGUGGGGAAUUCCGCAAGGAUAUGCAAAAACGUAUCGCGCCAGCAGGUCCGCAACCGGCUGUAUUACCGGCUUGUUCCAUGACGACGAUUCAAACUCAAAGUGCACCAACAACGCCAAUGCGGCCACGAUCACUUUAUACGACUCACAGUUAUCACGCGCAGACCGAGGACGCUAACUUUCAAGUAUGUAUAUUCAUUCCUACAAGUUUCACUUCUCUUUUUUCUCUGCUUUUUUGUCUUCUCUACCGUCUAUUGGAAGCCGCAUUCUCGUGUUUCCUCUUUCAUAAUCGUCCGAGAACGAACUUUCAGCGAUACAGUGAAUUUUCCAAGUACUUCGAAACACCACCAGCGGAUCAAUGGACUAGUAUGACGGGUGCAACUACUUAUUCGAAUUCGGCGGCGAUUUGGAGACAGCCAAGAAAUCCUAAAACGAUUGCAACUCCUUAUUACGCGACUGAGGAACCUUGUGUUUAUACGGAAAAUUGGAGAGAACAUGAAACUGAUGCGGGUACCGGAGGUGCCAUCACUACACCACACGGUACCAUCUCCUUGAGACUCCGCAAUAGGAUUCGAGUUGACAUGACUGUUGAUCGUGCUGUGAGAGUGAUCAAUUUUAAGAAUAAUAUCGUGCUUUCCUUAAGUUGUUCUGGAACAGCCUCUGCAUUACUACAUCCGAAUGGAAGAAUAUAUCAAUAUGGAUCGCGCGUUGAAAUUCUGGCUCACGAUACGCAUGGCAAUAAUAAAUAUGCAAAGAUGUGGUACAAGGGUGUUAGUUUUACGUGUGAACAAUGUGCUCUUGUAUAUUUAGUGGAUACAGCAGGAACUAGAACGACUACUGACUCGUUUUUGGACAUGAGUCAAGACUUUUCUUUAAAUGUUUUUUACUCCGGCUCGCGACAUGGAUCGACGUGCUUACAAGAAGCGGCUACAGUUCUCGGAGCUUCUCAAUAUUGGAUUACAGAUGAAGGUGUUGAAAAUUGGAUCAUCAAUAAUGUUAGAAUUUCUCAGACUCCGGAUGGACUUGUCAGAAUUGGACGUAAUAGCAACAAAUAUCAGCUACGAACAUCACCUAGCAAUGGAACUGCAUCCUUAACAACUCCCUUUCUACAUUGCACGGCCUCAUUGGGUCAAACAUCUCAUUUAUUUGUACGCCGAGGAGAACGGCGUAUGCAUUAUGAUGGAACGAGUUUCAUUGUACGCAAUGCAGGACACAGUGCUGGGUUUGACGACAAUGACCAAUUAAAAGUCUAUUGAAAAGUUUGACUAUUCAUUCAAUGUAUAAGAUUAUACUUAUUAAUUACCAAUGUAGUAUAGUCAAUAAUUAAAUAUAUUUAUCGCUUCAAGCUGAUCGAUAAA